AUGGGAGGCACAUACAAUCGUGAUAGAUUUUCAUUUGAUACUAUAGAUAAUGCAAUACUCUACUUAAGUAUGUCGAUUGUUGAUAGUAUUCAAUAUAAACGACAUGAUGGACCAAGUAAAUUAUCUCUUUUUUACGCUGUUGAACAUAACGAAGAAAUACUUGUUAAAAUUUUAUUGAAAAUGGAAAUGGCAUCGGAAAAAAAUAUGCAAUAA